GUGUGCCUAUGUAUGCGUGAACGUCUUUCUGUUGUUUGAAUGGUAUCAGCAUUGCAGGUGUUUGCAGUCUGCCUUUUAGAAGGUCAUGGUUAAUACAAGCCAUCCUGACCAUGCAGUAGUUGUUGAGCAUUGAAUGAAAUGUGUUCAUAAAGUUCCGCACAAAAUUGAAGAAGUAAUAGUUUAUUAACUUAUAAAGUGUUCCAAUUAUUUUUACAUUUGUCAAGCAUAUGCGGACCAAACUGUUUAAAUUGCACCAUAAAUAAUAAUCUAAUAUUUAAAGAAAUGGAAACCUGCGUUCUUAUACCAAAGGAGUUCGCAUUAGUUACAACAUCAUUGACACCCUUUAAUGGAUCAGGAGUAGCCGUAUAUUCAAUAACUGAUAUUAAGGAGGGAUCAUUAUUCUACCCGUUCCAAGGAACAGUUCGAACCGAUAAAUUAGAUACAUUAAAAGAUAUUGAAAACAACGAUUCUCGAUAUAAAUUUGGGUUAUAUGAUGAAGUUUCAUACAAAUACGGAAAACGAGUACAUCACUGUAACUGGAUAAGAUUCCUUACAGUUUCCUCUUCAUAUGAUUCCAACGUAAAUCUUAUCUGCACAAAGGUCAAGGGCGAUCCUAUGUAUGAGGUAGUUAAAGCAAUUAUGAUACAUCAAGAAUUGGUGGUAUACUAUUUGCCAGAACGGUCGGAACAGAGUAUUGUUACACAUUUACACUCAAUAUUGUAUAGAAAAGCAAUGGAAUCCUUUGUAAAAGACACUCCACUGGAUUUAUCAUUAUCAUUAAUGUAUAGAUUACCAAAUUUACCGCUUUCUCCUCCAGCAAGUGAAGACGAACAUAAGACAAUUUUAGGCAAUUAUUCAGCUAUAAAUAAUUACAUAUAUACGACACCAAAAAGACGAGCUAUGAGAAAUGAGCGGUCUCUGUUACCCUGUGACGUUUGUAAUAAGUCCUUCGAUCGACCGAGUCUUUUAAAAAGACAUAUGAGGACACAUACAGGCGAAAAACCACAUGAAUGUUUGGUAUGCGGCAAAGGAUUUAGCACAUCAAGUUCUCUUAAUACGCAUAGAAGAAUUCAUUCAGGAGAAAAGCCUCACGAAUGUCAAGUAUGCGGAAAAAGGUUCACAGCGAGCAGUAAUCUAUAUUAUCACAGAAUGACCCAUAUAAAGGAAAAACCACAUAAAUGUAAUUUGUGCUCGAAAUCAUUUCCCACACCCGGAGACUUAAAAGCACAUAUGUAUGUGCACAGUGGCUCUUGGCCUUACAAGUGCUCAAUUUGCCACCGCGGAUUUUCCAAGCAAACUAAUCUAAAGAAUCAUUUAUUUCUACAUACAGGUGACAAGCCGCAUGGUUGCCCGAUAUGUAGCAAAAAAUUUGCACUGGCGUGUAAUUUAAGAGCACAUGUGAAGACUCAUGAAGGGUAUCUUCAACCGGAUUACAAUAAAGAAUGCCUUCGAUGUGCAAGCAAUAGUGUUAAUAUGGACAGAAAAUACUGUAAGGGAUGUACUUCUAUAAAUUGUUCCACAAAUGAUAUUGACAAUUCUUUGGUGGAUAGAGAAGCUAUUACAAAGGAAGACUUUGAUACUUUUUUCUUGCAAAUUUAGUGACUGAUUUAUCGAGUGACAUUUUUUAAAGUUUUGUAAUCCAACCCUGUUAAAAUCUAUCUUUUAAGUUGUGAUAAUAAUUUAAAAGAAAAUAUGUUCAAUAAUUUUUAAGUUUUUUUUGUUACAUAGAAAUUUACAGUAAGUUAAGAAAUAUUUACGGCGAUCAAUUUCUUAUUACUCAUUAACGAAGGUUCCAAGCGACAGGUUUGGGUUAACAACUAAAAGUGAGUUUAAGUUUUCUUUUUUUCUUUACAACUUUAAUUUCGGCAUCUUAAUCGCUGUCGCACUCUCUAAAUAUUUCACCAUGUUUACAUAAAAACCGAAACCUAGUUCAUAUGUUCUAAAUAAUAUAAAUAAAGGUUUAUAUUUUGGUUAAGCUUUUAAAGUUUUAAAUGUAAGUUACUAAGAACAUGUAUUUUUAUAUAUUUAUUUACUAUUUAUAAAAAGGAUCCUUGCAAUCAGCAAUGAGUUUCGCGUUGAUAUCAUUUAAGGAAAGCUCUAGUCAAACCUACUUUUAUACGAAAUAUUGUCAACCAGCUAUGUUACGGUUAUAAGUCGCUGCUAAAUAGAAUUUAAAUUCCUGAAAAAUAAAAACAAUUAACAACCAUGCUCCAGUUAUAACAAAUCGUCAAAAGUUACGAAUUGACUGUCAUAUCGCAAAACUACGUGCUUCAGUUUUCUCAGAAAACUCAGAAUCCUACGAUUCGACACGGUUUCACAGGAGCUUCCGAUUUCAAAAAUGAAUUACACAGAGCAUAUAAAUAUUAAUCUUUAUGACGGGAACAAAUAUAUAAACUUAUUUGCUAAAGUUGUAACUUUAUAUUUAUACAUUUGGACUUUUAAUAAAUUUAUUUAUAAAUACGCUAAUAGGCUAA